CAGCAGGAAUAUUGCUUAUUAAUUUGCAACAUGAAGGCGUCUCACGUUGUUCUCGUCUUGGCCGUCUGUCUUCCAGUCUUGCUAGCCUCACGCAGCAAGAGAUCCCUAUGGGGGCUCAGGUCCCAGAUUGAGUGCACCAUGCCUCACAUCUGGCCACUCAUUGACUAUGCUGACUAUGGAUGCUAUUGUGGUAAGGGAGGCUCUGGAAUACCUGUGGAUGCCCUCGACACAUGCUGCCAAACUCACGACCAUUGCUACACAGCUGCCAUGGCUGAUAAGGCGUGCAUAGCCUACCUGGAUAACCCUUACACAUAUGGCUACCACCAAACAUGUGACAAGAGCACCAAGACCGUCACCUGUCUCAGUUCCAAUGAUGCCUGUCAGAUGUUCAUCUGUGAGUGUGAUAAGCAUAUAGCCAUGUGUAUGGCCACGGCAAAAUACAUCCCAGCUCACGACCACUACAACCAGGAGCUCUGCAGUAAAUAAGAUGACUAGGACUGAAGCUCUGUAAGAAGCAACUGCACUUCCUGAGGCCAUAACUAAUACAUCAUUUGGACACACAC